AUGCUUCGAGGAAAUUCAACGCGAUCUGUCCUCUCGCGUUCUCUCAAAUCAUUUUUCAAGAUAAACAAUGGACCAGUCAGACACCGCAAGCUUCAUCUAGCACCGCCUUUCCUCCUUGACGACUACAUCCCAAGAUAUCAUUUACUCUCCUCUGUCGACGCGUCAAAGAAGAGAUCUGCUGCUUAUGCGCAUCUUCGAAAUUGCAAUUUGUGCCCUCGACUAUGCGGAGUCAACCGCUACGAGAAGACCGGAACAUGCCUCAUUGGUGCUGAGACUGUCAAAGUGAACGUUAUUGCACCACAUUUUGGCGAAGAGCCUUGUAUACAGGGACACAAUGGAUCCGGUGCAGUUUUCUUCUCAGGUUGCAAUCUGCGCUGCGUCUUCUGCCAAAAUCAUGAUAUCGCCCAUCAACGAAAUGGAUUCGACUUGACGCCAGAAGAACUUGGAGAAUGGUAUAUCAAGUUGCAGAACGUAGGAAAUAUUCACAACAUCAACCUCAUAACACCGGAGCAUGUUGUCCCACAAGUCGUCCUUUCGAUUCUUCAUGCUCGCGAUCACGGUCUAAAAGUACCAAUCAUCUAUAACACCUCAGCUUUCGAUUCGUUAGCAUCGAUCCAGUUGUUGGACGGACUAGUGGAUAUAUACCUUCCUGAUUUCAAAGUAUGGAAUGCGAGCACGUCGAAGCGACUUCUCAAGGCAGACGAUUAUCGAACGGCUGCCGUUGAAAGUAUACAGGCGAUGCAUGCACAAGUUGGGGAUCUUUGCUUCACUCCUGAUGGUAUUGCAAAGAAAGGUCUACUUGUGAGGCAUCUAGUGAUGCCUGGCUACGAAUCCGAAGGCGAGGAAAUCAUGAAAUGGAUGGCUAGUAAUGUUUCAAGGGAUGUAUUUGUGAACAUCAUGGAGCAGUAUCACCCCGAUGCUCAUGUUGGCAAAUCCAAACGACCUCGAAGAUCAGUGCCUGUGCCUAUAGAACCAGGCGGCGAGGCAAAACCUAGCGAGUCAGUAAGAUAUGAAGAGAUCAAUCGCCAUGUUACCAAGGAAGAGGUAUCAGCCGUGCGGCAGGCAGCCGAGAAAGCAGGCUUGUGGAGGUUUUGCGAUCCACCAAGACAUGAUGGGUUCAAUUUAUGAUCAUGAGUGAGCAUGAGUUACAUCAGAUGCCAGGCAGAUUGUCAUUCAAAGGUGUCUAGACAUAUUGAGGCAACAAGAUCCCUGAUUCUCCCCGAGUCAAUGGGACUUAACGCUCACAACUUUGCUGGAUUUGUUCCCAGCUCGUUGAUCUUUAAGAGCGUGAGCAAUGAAGCAUCGUCAUUGAAUUGCCAAGAUACGGAUUUUGAUAUCAGAAGAGUGGCAUUCAAUAGUUUGUCGCGAAAGCAAGAUGGUUUGGACAAGGCAGAGGCGACAACGUCCAUGCAUUCCAACACCAGGGAACCUAAUGGUUCGUGGGACCAUUGAACGGGUUGAACAUUACGGUAGGUUAUGAUAUGACAAGAACAAAAUGAAUGAACUUGCGAAAUAGACAC